CGAGCGCUCCCGUCUUAUGUCCGGCUCUUUCGCCCUCUUUAUAAAGCGUGUCGAGUGGUAUAAAUGGACUAUUCCAGUUCAAGGCUCAUCUUUUCGAGCGUCGAGAGCGUCAUGUCAAUUAUGCCAUCAUUUGUGGCACUUGCUCGAUGAGCGGGAUAGAUUAAGGUUGGCUGGUCCUUACAUACCCAGGCGACAACUUCCUGAUGCCCUUCCAUGGCUAUGGUUAUAUAUAUGGAAGCACGAGAAUGGUCGUUACUACUUAACACUCAAGGAAGGUGACUCUUCUCAACCCGAGAAUAGUCGUAAUCUCUGUAAAGCAAUAAAAAUAAGAGAAGAAAAGCUCAAUAGUCAAUCUGCAUCUGCUCAUAUCACUAUUUGGACUAGUGACUCUUUUGAACUUGCCAAAACUUGGCUUACGGAUUGCAAAGUAGGACACAAAUCUAAUUGUUCGACCGGGUGGGAAGAAGAUGCGCCAUACUUACCAGCAAGACUUCUCUAUGUCGGAGAAAACCCAACUGAGUUACAUCUACAAGAGACUGGUGCCCCGGAAUUUGCUGUAACCGACAUCAAAUAUCUCGCACUCAGCUAUUGCCGGAGCAAACUACUUGCGACCCCAGGAUCCCAAGAAUUAACGUUGAACAAGAAAGACGAAUGGAAAGUUCAUAUCAACGAGAAUGAGCUCCCACUCACUUUUCAACACGCCAUCCACCUCGCUCGUAAACUCGGCUUCCGAUAUUUAUGGGUCGACACCAUCUGCACUAUACAAGAUUGUCCUGAAGACCAGAAGCUCGCCUCACAAUAUGCUGGUAAAGUCUUCACCAACGCACACUGCACGAUAGCCUCUCCUUCAGAAGCAAAUGAAGGCUUCGACGAUAACAAUCUCAACUGGCAAAGCCGAAGUUUUCAAGAGAGACUCCUCUCCCGUCGAAUAAUCCAUCUCGGACCAAAACUCCUAUUUUUCGAAUGUAGCACACACAUUGCCUCGGAAGCAAUUCCUGCCGGGCAGCCCUUUCGAGAAAAUCGGGGUUUCUGGCAAAGAAGGAUGUCUAAGCCCGGAAACAAACCUGUCCCUACCCUCUUCGAUCCUAUCGCCGGGUACCGGAAUUCUUUUCACCAACUUCGAGACAACAGAUCCAAGAACCUCACACCGGAGUUGGAGUUCUUCCUCGGUGCUCGCUGGGCGGAACUCGUCUACCGAUUUACCAGCUGUAGAACUACAGGACCUUUGGAUCGAAGAGAUGCUAUCCUUGGUCUCGUACAUACAAUCCAGAACGGAGAUAGAGAUUUCGAGUAUAAACAAGGCUUAUGGCGACGACACCUCUUCUUCGACCUACUCUGGUCUGUUGAAUCCGGAGCGUCGGAAAGAUUCCCAGGGCACAUGCAACGAACGCGAUCUUGGUCAUAG